GUUAUUAUUAUAAUUAUGGCAGAGAAACGAGACCGGGGCAAGAAUUUUGCAGAGGUUGAAAAAGACCAAUUAGUAGAGAUCUGCCUAAAGUAUAAAAAUGUGAUUGAAAAUAAAAAGACAGAUAAAUAUUCAAUAAAAGACAAAAGCAAGGCAUGGGAUGCAGUGAGAGAAGAAUAUAAUUCUAUCCAAAUCACCGGUUUGAGGGAGGUGAAAACUUUAAAAUCCCUCUACGAUGGAUUGAAGAUGAAGGCCAGGAAGGAAAAAACUGAAGAAAGGUUAGCAAUAUACAAGACAGGUGGUGGGGUGCCAUCUUCGUCGAUGACACCACUAUCGAACAAAAUAGUGGGGCAGCUGGAGUCACAUUUUGAACCACUGUCCAAUCCAUAUGACAGCAGCAGCUCUUUUUUUGAUGAACAAGUGAUGGUCAUUCCUGCAACUGAGGAGGUGGAGGAGGUAGUAGAGGUGGAGAAGGCAGAGGAGGUGAAGGAGGUAGUAGAGGUGGAGAAUAAAGAAAUACCAACGCCAACAAGGCCUUCAAAAAAAGCAAUAACGGAAAGCCCUAUCAAAAAUAUGGAGAAAACAAGGAAGAGAAAAUUUGAGGCUCUAUUAAAAGAACAGUAUUAUGCAAAGGAGCAUGAUAAAAAAAUGAUCAUAUUAGCAAAGGAGGAGCGGGCUGCUGAUCUGAAAAUUCAGUAUAUAAAUAUGAAAAUUGAAAAUGCCAAAAAAAACAAUUAAUUCUAAAUAUUGAGUUAGAAAAAUUACAGAAUGAUAGUUUAUUAUCAUAAAAGAAUUGAAUAAUAA